CUGAAUUAAUCAAAGGGCUUAACAGUUUUGCAUAUAUUCGGCAAUGUCUGGUUAUGCUGAUGACCCAUUUAGUGAUUCUGAUGAAAAUUCAGACAAUGAUAAUGGACUUGAAUUUAAUGUUGGAGAAAAAGUGGGAAUAUCUUCUUCAGUAAAAAAGAAAUAUGAUUAUGUUGUUGCCACUCCAGCUGAAUAUGUUUCACGUUAUGGUGGGACUAAUGUUAUUGAAAAGAUUUUAGUAGCAAACAACGGGAUUGCAGCUGUUAAAUGUAUUCGAAGUAUAAGACAAUGUGCUUAUGAUUUAUUUGGAAAUGAAAAAGUUUUUAAAUUUGUUGCAAUGGUAACACCAGAAGAUUUAAAAGCAAAUGCAGAGUAUAUAAAAAUGGCUGAUCACUAUGUGCCAGUCCCUGGUGGAUCAAAUAAUCAUAAUUAUGCAAAUGUAGAGCUUAUUUUAGAUAUUGCUAAAAGGAUGCAUGUGCAAGCAGUAUGGGCUGGAUGGGGUCAUGCUUCUGAAAAUCCUAGACUGCCUGAAUUACUAGACAAACACAAGAUAAUAUUUAUUGGACCAUGUGCAAUGUCAAUGCAAGCCCUUGGAGAUAAAGUUGCUUCUACGAUUAUUGCACAAUCUCUCAAUAUUCCUACAAUGCCAUGGUCUGGAAGUGGUGUAAAGUUAGAUCCUUCUGCACUUAUUAGUGAAGAUGGGAAGUUUAAAGGAAUCCCUGAUGAAGCAUUUAAACAAGCUUGUGUUGAAGAUUUUUCUAAAGGCCUUGCUAUAGCACAAAGUAUUGGUUAUCCAGUUAUGAUUAAAGCAUCUGAAGGAGGGGGUGGUAAAGGGAUAAGAAAAGUUAAUGGCGAUGAAGAAUUUUCUGUUUGUUUUAGACAGGUUGAAAUGGAAGUUCCAGGAUCACCUAUUUUUAUAAUGAAAUGCUUGAUGAGAGCACGACAUUUAGAAGUUCAGAUAUUGGGUGAUUGUUAUGGACAGGUUGUGUCUUUAUUUGGACGAGACUGUUCAGUGCAAAGAAGGCACCAAAAAAUAAUUGAAGAGGGUCCUGUAACAAUUUGUAAACAAGAUGUGUUUCAUGAAAUGGAAAAGAAUGCAAUUGCUCUUGCAAAACUAGUUGGUUACAGAAGCGCUGGUACAGUUGAAUAUUUAUAUGAUAUGCGAACCAAAGCAGUUUACUUUCUUGAGUUAAAUCCGCGUUUGCAAGUUGAACACCCUUGCACAGAAAUGAUAACUGACAUUAAUUUGCCUGCAGCCCAGAUGAAGAUUGCUAUGGGAAUACCUUUACAUAAAAUUAGAGAUAUUCGAAGGUUAUAUAAUGUUGAUUUAAUGUCUUCUGAUGAAAUUGAUUUUGCUGGACUUCAUGGUCAAAUUAUUCCAAAAGGUCAUGUAAUUGCAGCACGAAUUACUGCAGAAAAUCCAGAUGAGGGGUUUAAACCAAGUAGUGGAACCAUAAAAGAGUUAAGUUUCCACAGUAGCAACAAGAGUUGGGGAUAUUUUAGUGUUUCAUCAGAGGGAAGUUUGCAUGAAUAUGCUGAUUCACAGUUUGGUCAUUUAUUUGCUGGUGGUGAAACUAGAGAAGCUGCUCGCAAGAAUAUUAUUCUUUCUCUAAAAGAGCUUUCGAUACGAGGCGACUUUCGAACAACUGUCGAAUACCUUAUUCAAUUGCUUGAAACAGAUGAGUUCAAGCGUAAUAAGUUAGACACCGGGUGGUUGGAUAAGCGAAUAGCAGAUAAAAUGAAGUCAAUUAGUCCCGAUACUAUUCCUGCUGUUAUAUGUGGAGCACUUCAUGUUGCAGACAACAUUAUUAGUUCAAACUUUGUGAAGUAUCAGGCUGCUAUAAGCCGUGGUCAAGUUCCAAAACCAGAAAGUUUGAGAAACUCUGAGUUGGUAGAACUUAUCCAAGGAGAAACAAAAUACAUUCUUAUGGUUACUCGAUCUGGACCUAACCAGUAUUUUCUUGUGAUGAAUAAUAGUACAUUAGAAGUUGAUAUACAUCGAAAAAGUGAUGGCGGAUUAAUGGUUUCCUUCAGUGAUGUAACAUACACAUCUUUUAUGAAAGAAGAAUUUGAUGGAUACCGUCUUGUUAUUGAUGGAAAAACAUGCAUUUUUCGCAAAGAAAAUGAUCCUACAAUUCUUAGAUCACCUUCUCCUGGAAAACUUAUAAAUUUUGUAGUUGAAGAUGGAGGUCAUGUUUUUGCUGGUGAACCAUAUGCUGAAAUAGAGGUGAUGAAAAUGGUCAUGCCUCUUAUUGCUAAUGUGGAUGGAUGUGUUCAUCAUGUGAAAUGUACCGGAACAAUACUUGACCAUGGUAUGAUUGUUGCACGACUUACACUUGACAAUCCAGGCAAAGUAUUUAAAACAAACCUCUAUACAGAACCAUUUCCGCCAGUAGCAAAUAAACGAAAUCAUGGAAGCAAACUUCAUCAAGUUUGCCAGCAAGCUCGUGAAAAUUUGAGUAACAUAAUGGAUGGUUAUUGUAUUCCUGCCCCUUAUUUUACAGAUAAGUUAGAUGAAGAUGUAAACACAAUGAUUCAUGUUUUAAAAGAUCCUGCUCUUCCUCUGCUAGAAAUGCAGGAAUUAUUAGCUUCUGUUUCUGGUCGAAUACCGCAAGUUGUUGAAGAUUCAAUCAAAGGUUACCUUUCAAAAUAUGCAAGCAACAUCACAUCUAUCCUCAAUCAGUUUCCGAGUCAACAAAUAGCAAAUGUGAUUGAUUCAUAUGCUGCAACACUUACAAAAAGAACAGAGCGAGAUUUAUUUUUUAUUAAUACGCAAGGAAUUGUACAGCUAGUACAAAGAUUUCGAAAUGGGAUUAAAGGUUACCGCAAGUCUGUUAUUAUUGGAUUAUUAAAGCAGUAUCUACAAGCAGAAAUGAUGUUUAAUGAAGGAAACUUGGAGCGGUGUGUGACCGAUAUUGUUGAGCGAAAUAAAGAUACAAACUUAAAUCAAGUUAUUCAGAAUAUAUUCUCUCAUUCAAAAGUUACACAGAAAAAUAUUCUUGUUAUAAAACUCAUUGACCAUUUGUUUUGUUCGGACACAAGUUUAACAGAUGAGGUUAGAGCGUUGAUGCAAGAGAUGACACAUUUAAAUCGUCAAGAGCAUUCUAAAGUUACUCUUAAAGCACGACAAGUUUUGAUUGCUUCUCAAAAACCAUCAUAUGAAUUGCGACACAACCAAUUUGAAUCUAUCUUUCUGUCAGCUAUUGAUUUGUAUGGUCAACAAUUUAAUCCUGAAAACUUACAGAAAAUAAUUCUAUCAGAAACAGCAGUGUUUGAUGUUCUACCAAGUUUUUUUUAUCAUCGAAAUGAGUUAGUUCGUAUGGCAGCAUUGGAAGUGUAUAUAAGAAGAGCUUACCAAGCCUAUGAAAUUACACAGUUGCAACAUGAUCAAAUGGAUGGUGUUAACGUUAUUGAUUUUACAUUCAAAUUACCUGAUAAUCAUCCCAAUAGAUUAGUUUGUGCCCCUCAAAAAAGACUCAGCAAACCAGAUAGAAAAGAAAAAAUUAAUACUUUAUAUGAGUCAAUGGAUGAAAUGUCUGAUAGUAAUGGGACCCAGUUUCAAAACUUUGAACGAAUGGGAUCCAUGGUCGCAUUUGAAACAGUAGAUGAUUUUUUAAACCACUGUGACGAGCUCUUAAAAAGGUUCACAAAUGUAGAUGUUUCAAGUGUAUCUCCAAAUACUGGAUAUUUUUCAAAAAGAAGUUCAUCAGCUAGUCUUGAUAGUGAAGAUACUGAUAUACAUAUAAUAAAUGUUUGUUUAAAGAAAAAAACAAUUGCUCCUGAAAAACAAAAAGAAAUAUUGGAAGAGUUGCAUUCAAUUGUGAAUAAUAAAAAGCGAAAAUUUGUUGAUCAUUGCAUCAGAAGAAUAAGUUUCCUAAUAACAGAUGCUAAGGGUUCUUUUCCUCUGACUUAUACAUUUCGAAGUAGAGACCAGUUUAAUGAAGACAAGAUUUAUCGCCAUCUGGAACCUGCAUUAGCAUUUCAACUAGAAUUAAAUAGAAUGUCUGCAUUUAAUCUUAAACCAAUACCUUGCACAAAUCAUAAUCUGCACCUUUAUUAUGGUUCAGCCAAAAAGGCAAGAGAUGACCAAGAAGUUACUGAUUACCGUUUCUUUAUUCGUUCAAUAGUUCGACAUUCUGAUUUUGUAACCAAGGAAGCAUCAUUUGACUAUUUGGAAAAAGCCAGUGAAAUUCAACUUCUUGAAGCUUUGGAUGAGUUAGAACUUGUCUUAAGUAAAGUAGAACAUCGUACUGAUGGAAAUCAUGUAUUUUUAAAUUUUGUACCAACUGUUAUUAUAGAGCCUCAUAAGAUUGAAGAUAGUAUUCGGACUAUUGUUUUGCGACAUGGUCUUCGUCUUUGGAAAUUGCGUGUUUUAAAAGCAGAGUGUAAAAUGAUAGUAAGAUUAACACCCGAUGGGCCUCGUAUUCCGUUGCGGUUGUUUCUCUCAAAUGAAUCUGGGUAUUCACUUGAGUUUCACACUUAUAAAGAAGUGCUUGAUCCAGAUACAGGAAUUCUAGUUUUUAAAUCGUGGGGUGAUAGACUAGGGGAGUAUCAUGGAUUGCCAAUUAACACACCUUAUGUUACAAAAGAUUAUUUACAAUACAAACGGUUUGCUGCUCAAUCGCAAAACACCACUUAUGUUUAUGAUUUUCCUGAACUAUUUAAACAGGCUCUUUUAAGACAAUGGAAAUAUUGGUCUGAUAAAUGUGGCAUUGUAUUUGAUACCAAAAAAGAACUGAUGGAGGUCUCUGAAUUGUGGCUCGAUAAUAAUCAACAGCUGGUAUCAAUUAAACGUCUUCCUGGUGAAAACAAUUGUGGUAUUGUUGCAUGGCUAAUAAAACUUAAUACUCCAGAGUACCCUGAAGGAAGGGAGAUAUAUUUAUGUGCAAAUGAUAUUACACACAUGAUUGGUUCUUUCUCUCCUACAGAAGAUAAUCUAUAUGAUGCUGUUUUAAAAUUGGCAAUUCAAAAUAAAGUUCCUUUCAUAUACAUUUCUGCUAAUAGUGGAGCACGAAUUGGCCUGGCUGAAGAUAUGAAACAUAUUUUUAAAGUAGCUUGGAAUGAUGAAACACAUCCAGAUAAAGGAUUCAAAUAUCUUUAUCUAACUCCAUCAGAGUUUAAAGCUCUGGAUUCAAGCAACACAGUUAGAGCUGUGCCUGUAAAGUUAAAUGAAGAAUGCCAGUAUCAAAUAACAGAUAUAAUAGGUAAAGAAACAGGUAUUGGUGUUGAAAACCUUAAAGGAUCUGCUUUGAUAGCUGGAAGGACUUCUGAAGCAUAUGAAAAAAUAGUUACUCUGAAUCUGGUAACUUGUCGUACAGUUGGCAUUGGAUCUUAUUUAGUACGCCUUGGUCAGCGUGUUAUUCAAGUGGAAAAUGCUUCAAUAAUUCUAACUGGUUAUCAAGCUCUAAAUAAAUUGCUUGGUAGAAAUGUUUAUACAUCAAAUAAUCAGCUCGGUGGAACACAGAUUAUGUACAAGAAUGGUGUCAGUCAUUUGGUUGUUAAUGACGAUUUCAGUGGUAUAUAUGAGAUAAUUAAAUGGCUGUCAUUUGUUCCUAAGCUGAAAGGUGCUUCACUGCCUAUAAUCUCUACUACAGACCCAGUAGAUCGCACUAUUACAUUUACACCAACAAAAUCUCCAUACAAUCCAAGGUACUUAAUUGCAGGCAGGCAACAUCAAGCAGCUGAUAAAUUAGCUUGGGAAAGUGGUUUGUUUGAUCAAGGUUCUUUCAUUGAAGUGUUAGGAGGUUGGGCUCAGAGUGUAAUAUGUGGCAGAGGAAGACUUGGUGGAAUACCACUUGGUAUAGUAAUGCCUGAAAUACUUCCUGUUGAGACUACCAUUCCUCCUGAUCCUGCAGAUCCUACUUCAGAAACCAAAACUGUAGUACAACCAGGACAAGUAUGGUAUCCUGAUUCAUCAUUUAAAACAGCGCAAGCUAUUAAUGAUUUUAAUCAAGAAGAGCUACCACUUUUAAUAAUAGCUAAUUGGAGAGGUUUCUCUGGUGGAAUGAAAGAUAUGUAUGACCAGAUAUUAAAGUACGGUUCUUACAUAGUUGAUGCUUUACGUAAAUAUAAACAACCAGUAAUUAUUUACAUUCCACCUUAUGGGGAACUACGUGGUGGAGCAUGGGUUGUGGUAGAUCCCUCUAUUAAUCCAGAUCAUAUGGAAAUGUAUGCUGAUGUUGAAUCACGUGGGGGUGUACUUGAACCAUCUGGAACAUGUGAAAUUAAAUUUAAAGACAAAGAUAUUAUGAAAGUUAUGCGACGACUUGACGAUACAUAUGCUUCAUUAUCUUCUAAACUUGCAGCAACAGAUUUAACAACUGCAGAAAGAAAAUUACUUGAAGAAAAGUUAAAUGAAAGAAGGAAAGAACUGAGUCCUGUUUAUCAUAAGAUUGCUUUAACAUUUGCUGAUCUUCAUGACACAGCUGGAAGAAUGCAUGACAAAGGUGUUAUACAUGGGAUUAUUAAGUGGGAAAAUGCACGCACUUUUCUAUACUGGAGAUUUAAGAGGCUUUUACUGCAACAAAGAAUUAAGAAAAUAUUUGCUGAGCAAAUGAGCGAUUGUAUCAACGAGUUAACAAAAGCCCAUGUAGAAACAGUAAUUCAGAGAUUGUUUUUAGAAGAAAAUGGGUCAGUAAAGUCUUACUUGUGGGAAGAUAAUGAAUUUGUAACUAAAUGGAUUGAAUCUGACUUGUCGAAAAACCAAGGCUCUGUUAUUUAUGAGUAUGGAAAGUGGUUAAAGCGGGAUGUUGCACUAAAAAAUAUAAAAUGCAUCCUUGACAACAACCCUGAUAUUGCCAUGGACACAAUUGUUCAUAUAACUCAACAGUUUAAUCCUGGAAAGCGCAAUGAGUUAUCUCGUGUUUUAGAUGCAUUAAAUCAUUGUGACGAAAGAAGUCCGCAGGAUGCUGAAACGUAGAUGCAUAAUGUAUUUAGGAAAUUAAACAAAUUAAAUUUUUAUUUUUUAA